UGAGCCCAUAGCUACGUCGACUGCCCCACUAUCUUAGUAUGUCAUAAGGAUCGUGCUUGGGUACCUUGACCGGGGCUCUCACCUCAACUGCUUCACCUACGGCCUAGCUAAAGGCUCUCAUUUACAGCCGCGCCAGCCAGGAAUGGUGGGAACUAUCCUCCUCUAUGCAAUCUGAAUAAGAGUACUAUGUAUGCUGUGGUGCUGACUUGGCCUUUCCCGUAUCUCGUAAUGACAUUACUCAUCAAUGUACGUUGGCUACCUAUGGGUAUCAGUCAUUCUAUGCAAAAUUCCUCGUCACUAGGUAUUUCAGACAGUGACAAUAUCGGCAAAGCGACGUAUCUUCCGCUUGUCUUGGUAAUCGCUACCGCCGCUCACCCCCCAACGUUUCUACUCUCACCUCACUCCAAGCGGACAAGGCGGGCAAUCAAACCCCCACCCGCCUGGAGCUCAGUUGCUCCAAUGGCCCGUCGAGACCUCGCCGAGUCCACCGAGACCCUCAAUGAUGUCGGCAGCAUCCAUACCUUAUGGACAUAG